ACAGUUUUCUCUACUUACUGUCUCGCUCUGGUUCAGAAAGGCUGGCUGCUAGUUGGUUAGUGGAGGUUGUGUAUCCUGUUUCCAAGAAGAUUUUUUUUCUUAAAGAAAGUUGUAAUGCUCUUCUUCACCCAGUGUUUUGGUAUCUUCACGGACCUCAUACACCUCAGGUUUCAGCACACCUCUAAGCAUAGGGGAGCUUUCGCAGCUGCUGGACAGCGUGUAUGUGUUGUGACCCCGGCCAGUCCCCUCAGGGAUGCAUCAGCCAGGAGUGGUCGCUACAGUUCUAGUUCCAGUGCGGGUCACACUGAGAACAGAACCUCUCACCCCUGCGAUGCAGGAGUAGCCAGCCCCUGCCCCUGCUCCUGCUCCUGCCCUCUGUUCUCCUGUGGGUGGCAGGGGGACCUGGAGGUGGUGGCGCUCCACCUCAAAGACACACACAGGGCCUCCACCCUCCAGGGGCAGCGCAUCGUGUUCCUGGCGGCAGACGUCCACCUCCUGGAUGCAGAGGACUGGGUGACGGUGCAGUCCUGCCUGGGGCAGCAAUUCCUGUUGGUGCUAAAAAAGCAGGAGCGGCGACAGGGACACCAGCAGUACUUUGCUGCUGUCAUGCUGCUGGGUCCCAGCAGGGUGGCUGAAAGGUUCACCUACAGGCUGGAGCUGAGCAGCGAACGCAGGCGACUGAGCUGGGAGUCUGCUGUGCGAUCCUUCUCCGAGGGGCUCGGCACUGUGAUAGCAGAGAGUGACUGCCUAGUACUCAAUGCCUCUCUUGCUCACCUCUUCUCAGACAAAGGGAAACUGGGGAUCCGUAUUUCAAUAUCUGCUGACAAACAGGCUUAACGCAUCUUUUACAUUUUAACAAAAAAAUCUGCAGACAGUAUGGAGCUACAUGCUAAUCCUUAACCUGGUACUGAAAUGGUGAAGAUGGAAAGCUGGGGUCGCAACUUGCCAGCAGGUUUCAGAGUAAAUCCAUACGUUGCUUUCAAAGUGUUAAAACCUGAAGAGAAAAAAAAACACUGGCCCUGUGAGAUUAACAAAUGUUGCAUAACUUAGCAUUGAAUAACUCUUUAGUUACAUUCAGUCCUGAAGAAUUAUGGGAAAUCUUGAGGAAAAAGAAAGACUUUUUAUUUUUUUUACUUUGUCAUUACAGUUAUAUCCUCAUCAAUUGCUUUACAUUGCAGAACUUGAUGUGAAAAAGUUGGUUAGGUGUGGUGUUUUUAGUGCUGCCAAUGAGAAAAAAUUCAUUGAAAAAGAAAUUUUCAUAAAAGCAGCAGCACUUUGGUUAAGUACAUCCUGGAGGAGUCGAACAGAAGCACUUCAGGUCAGAAACUAGCUACUACAGGAUAUUACCAAAGCACAUGCAGAUUGGGCCCUAUCAUACACCGGUUUUUGCAUUUUGUGUAAAUCUCCAUGUUAUUGUUGGUAUAAAAUGUAUCGCCUCCCUUAUUUUUUAUCACAGAUCAUUUGCACAUUUUUUUGCGGUUUCCCCAUGAUUUUCCAUUCCUGUGGUUUAUUUUACUAUGCUUUUACUAUGGCAAACAGGGCUAUUGGGGUCUAUUCAAUUAAUCUAAACAGUGGCUAAAUACAGUCAUAGAGAUUAUUCAAAUAGAUACCAAUUUAUAAAACUCAAAUGUGUAACAGCGCAUAUUUGGUGCUGUUUGGAAUAAUAUACCUAUUUAUUGAGUCAAAGUAUUUAGUAAGUUUAAAUCAAAUAAAAUCAAACUGCAAGAACAUCAUGUAUUGUUUCCAUGCAUCAUAAAAAUAAGGAACAGAUUUUUAUUUUGGGGCUGCAAUAAGCUUUUUUUUUCUACUAUAACACAGAUGUGUUAAUAAAACAUAUGCACUUAAAAAACGGAAGGUGUAGUUUACGAGAACAGGGAGCCUUAAACCCAAUUACUGUAGCUGUAAAGGUUGGGUACAAACAGGACUCUAGUGGAAACAAAAUCUUAUAACUCAGUCAUGAUCUCUAUUGCUUGUAUCACAGUUCCAGAGUCAGUGCCAAGCAUACAUGCACAAGUCUGGCUCUAGCGGUAUCAUAUGCACUACUUUUAAAUGUGUAUCUUG